AGCAGCAGCAGCAGCAACAGCAGCAGCAGCAGCAGCAGCAGGUGGUGUUUAUGCCUGUAGUAGCAAUAGCAGACUUCGGUGAGGCUCGGUUGCUGUGGGGGCAGCAGGAGGAGCUGCCUAGACACCCCAGAGGAACAGAGAUAAACAACAGUCCAGAGAUGUUGCUGCUGCAGCCGCAGCAGCAGCACACAGCAGCAGCAGCAGCAGCAGCAGCAGCUGCAGCAGCAGCAGAUGAUGAUGAUCAGCUCAGCUGCAGCAGCACAAUUCUCUCUGCCACAGAACGAAGACUUGCUCCCCCUUCAGCAGCAGCAGCAGCAGCAGCAGCAGCAGCGGGAGAAAGAAGAAGAAAGAUGAGCAGCAGCAACAACCACAGCAACAACCACAACAACAACAGCAGCAGCAGCAGCAGCAGCAGCAGCAGGUGCUGCUUCGGGGCUGCAUGCGAUAUAUGGUGUCUUGGUUGUUUGUUUUUUGAGCUGCUGACGGGGGGUUUAUUGUUUGCUGCUGAUGCUGCUUUUUAUCUGCGGCUGCUGGGGCGGAUCCCGCUGCUGUCUAGCAGCAAGCAGCAGCAGCUGCUGCAGAACAAACAGCUGCUGCAGUUCCUGCUGCUGCUGCUGCAGUUGCAGCCCAGAAACAGACCUGCAGCAGCAGAUGUUCUCCGCAUCUUCAGGUGUAUGUACACCUCAGUUAUAGAUGAAAUCAUUAUAAAAAAUAAACACACACAGUUUGCAUGCGCUACGCUGCUCGCCCCACACCCUGCUGCUGCUGCUGCUGCUGCUGGUGUUUCUGCUGCUGCGGGGGGCAGCAGGGCGGCAGCUCCUGUCUUGGGACCUCUGCUGCUGCUGCAGCAGCUGCAGCAGCAGCAGGUGCUGCUGCAACAGCUGCUGCAGCAGAGAGGGGGGGAAUCGCCACGCAAAAUAGCGGCUCUCACAGAUAGAGUUCCGCAGCAGCAGCAGCAGCAGCGACAGCAGCUGCUGCAGCAGCAGCUGCAGCAGCAGCAACAGCAGCGCCGCCGCAACAGCACAAGUGCUGCUCUCACAGCAGCAAGACAAACAGCAGGCUUGAAACCCCCUGCAGCAGCAGCAGCAACAGCAGCAGCAGCAGCAGCAACAGCAGCAGUAGUAGCAGCAACAAGAACGAAAGCAGCAGAAGCAGCAGCAGGAACAGCAGCAGCAGCAGCAACACCAACAGCAGCAAAUGUGGACCACCCGGUGCAGCGCAACGACCCGCUGCUGCUGCUGUCAGCAGCAGCAACAGAACAGCAGCAGCAGCAGCAGCAGCAGCAGCAGCAACAGCAGCAGCAGCAGCAGCAAGUCGAUGUUAGCCAGCCUGUGCAGAUACUGAAGGAGUUAUACUUCUGCUGCGCUAGCGGCGAGCCCGGCGCAGCAGCAGCAGCAGCAGCAGCAACAGCAGCAGCAGCAGCAGCAGCAGCAAUUGUGUCGCCUGUCUGCUGCAGCAUUUCUGCUUCGGCCCCGCCAUCCCCACACUGCAUGCGCAGCGCCUUCACACACAUAGUAGACUUUAGAGAGCAGCAGCAGCAGCAGCAGCAGCAGCAACAGCAGCAGCAGCAGCAGCAGCAGCAGCAGAUGCUGCAGGCAUCGUCUGCACAGGCCCUCCCAGUACCACAGGUGUUGGUGUAUAGCGACUUUGUUGCUGCUACUAACAGCAGCAGCAGCAACAGCAGCAACAGCAGCAGCAACAGCAGCAGCAGCAGCAGCAGCAGCAGCGAGUUGUCUAGUUUGUCUUCUGCUGCUGAUGCUUUUUCUCGUUUUCUACCCCGCCUUGGGGACUUCUUGAGGUCUGCUGCUGCUGCUGCUGGCACUGUGCUUUUCAUUGGCCCUCCGCAGCAGCAGCAGCAGCAGCAGCUGCAGCAGCAACUGCUGCUGCAGCACCAACUGCAGCAGCAGCAGCAGCAGCAGCAGCAGGGGGGUAUCCGAUCUCGGCAGCAAGGGCUGUCCCCUUAUCGUUCUCCUGCUGCUGCUGCUUCUGCUGCUGCUGCUGCAGCAGCAGCAGCAGCAGCAGAAGCAGCACCAGUGCAUGCAAUAGGAGGAGCAGCAGCAGCAGCAGUUUUAUCUGUUGUUAUUCAGGGUAGGGGGGUGGGGUUGCUUGAGGCCUUCGGGCUCCUCAGCAGCAGCUGUCUCCUUUGUCUCUGUCCCCUGGAGCUGCUGCUGCUGCUGCAGCAGCUAGCUAGCCACCAAGCAGCAGCAAACCAACACACACACAUUCCUCUCACACACGCUGCAGCAAUCAUCCAGCAGCAGCAGCAGCAGCAGCAGCAGCAGCAACAGCAGCAGCAGCAGCAGCAGCAGCAGCAGCUGGCUAUCAGCAACCCUCCAGUCCGCGUUGGUUGUCUUUGCGGCUGCUGCACUUUUCUAUUGCCGCCUGAGUACUUGACGCGCAGCAGCAGCAGCAGCAGCAGCAGCAGCAACAACAGCAGCACAGCAGCAGCAGCAGCAGCAGCAGCAGCAGCAGCAGCAGCAGCAGCAGCAGCAGGCUCUCAGCAACCCUCCAGUCCGCGUUGGUUGUCUUUGCGGCUGCUGCACUUUUCUAUUGCCGCCUCAGUAUUUGACGCGCAGCAGCAGCAGCAGCAGCAGCAGCAGCAGCAACAGCAGCCGCAGCAGCAGCAGCAGCAAGAGAAGCAGCAGUCGAAAAAGCAGCAACAAGGGAAACAGCAGAUGCAGCAGAAGCAGAAGAAGUAG